UUGAUACUGCACUAAGCUAAUCGUCCGGAUCAUGAGGUCACUAACCUUGACGGAGAAAGAAGCUGUGAUGAAAGGAGAGGAAGAAGCUUUCAGAAUGAAAAAGGAGGAAGAGGAGGCUAUCACAUUGAAAGAAGAUGAUGAUAUUACAGUGAAAGAGGUUGUCAGAAAGGAGGAAGAUGCCAUAACAUUGGAAGAACAUUUUAGAGUAAAAGAGGAAGAGGAGGCUAUCUCAAUAAAAGAGAAGAAGGAAGACGUUUUGGGAGUGAAAAAGGAGGAGACUGAAUAUCAGAUUAAGACCAGAGAGAGACAUGACUAUGGUGGAUCCUCUGGGGAGCCUCAACAACAUCCUGAUGCUGACGAGACAGAGAAGAGUCUCUCCAGAUCAGAACACCAGAUGGACAACACUAGCCCUUCCUCCCUCCCAGAGUCCCUGUGUCAUGCCUCUCCCGGUCGCACCUUACUGCUGGGUAUGAAGAGGUUGUCUGUGCUGCUGGUGGACUGCAGGAAAACAACGGGGCUGAGUGGAACUAUGAGAGGAGGAGAAGAGAAGAAAGGAUCAGAUUUGACACAUCAAAGAGGAAAACCAAACUUGGAGAAACCAGAAACAUCCAAACCAGCAAGACAACACCUCUGCUCCCACUGUGGAAAGAGUUUUAACCAGUUAGUUAGCCUGAGAAGACAUGAGAGAAUACACACAGGGGAGAAGCCACACCAUUGCACACAGUGUGGAAAGAGUUUUAACCAGUUAGGAAACAUGAAAUCUCACGAACGAAUACACACAAGGGAGAAGCCUUUCCAUUGCUCCCAGUGUGGAAAGAGUUUUGGAGAGUCGGGAAACCUGAAUGUUCACGAGCGAAUGCACACAGGGGAGAAGCCUUACCACUGCUCUCACUGCGGAAAGCGUUUUAACCAUUCAGGAAAGCUGAAAGAACACAUGAGACUGCACACAGAGGAGAACCCUUACAAAUGCUCAGACUGUGGGAAGACGUAUUACUCAUCAUGGUCACUUAAACGUCAUGUGAGAAUCCACACUGGAGAAUAAUUACUUCUAGUGUGUAUAUUGAUAUUUCACAUCACGUUGACUUAAAAUUCAUCAGAGAACAUACACAGUGGUCCCGUUGUCUUAUAUUGUUGACUGAGAAUGUGUUUACCUGUUUAUACCAUAUUGAAUUGUACAAAGUAUACUCAAAAAUAUAUUUGUGUGUUUUUAUUAGAAAACAUUAAUUGAGUAUGUAAGUUUGAAUAUAGAGUAGUAUAUUAUUUUUUUAAACUCUGACUAUGUGUGUGUUUAUCUGGGUGUGUCAUUCC